AUGCUUUCUCCCUUUGACCACAGGUUUCAAACACAAAAACACCUUCAAUUGGCUUCGGACAAAAUCUACAUAGCGAUUCGAGCGAGCAAUUGCUGCCUUAUUAACUAUUGUGUUUAGUGCCUAUUUAAUUCAAUAAUCUAAUUCAGAAGAGCACUGCACUUCAUUGUAACCGCUAAAUAUUCAACAGGAGAAGUGAAAAUGUAUCUCCUACAGAUUUUUGUAUUUACGUAUUUACAAGGACUUUCAUUAAAUUUAAACUGUUGCACUGAGAAUGAAGUACACGCUUUGGUACUGGCGCGCGGUGGUUCUCAAGGCAUACCAAACAAAAAUCUGAAAGAACUAAACGGAACUUCCUUACUAGGACGUACAAUAACAAUAUUGAAUGGCUCAAAUUUAUUUGAACAUAUUUGGGUAUCGACGGACAGUGAGCCAAUUGCGAGUGAAGCUAUUAAAUUUGGCGCUCUGGUGCACAUAAGAGACCCGCUUUACGCUCAGGACAAUACUUCUUCCUUGGAAUCUGUCAAGCAUUUUUUAUUUGGUGUCGAAACUAUCAAACGAUUCGCAUUAUUUCAAUGUACUUCAAUAUUUUUGAAAGAGCAUUACAUCAAAGAGGCGCUGAAACUGUUUGAGACAAAGGAUUGCGUUUUCGCAGCAACUAAAUCGCAUAAAUUACGCUGGAAGCUGCAGGAGAAUAAACAUGUUGUGCCAUUAAAUUUUAAUCCUGAACGCAGACCACGACGACAAGAUUGGUCUGGAGAAUUAAUCGAAACAGGCAUGUUCUACUUUUCGACAAGACAUCUGAUUGAGGUGGAAAAUCGUUUUCAAAAUGAGAAUUGCGGUGUAGUUGAAAUCGACGAAGCUGACUCAAUGGAGAUCGAUACCUAUACCGAUCUGAAAUUGGCACAAUGUCUUCUUCAAUACAGCUCGGGUACCACUGGUUGCACGGACUCAGUUCCAUAAUUACAUCAAUGAAAAGACAAUUCAAUUUGAGUACUAUAAAAUAUUUAAACAUAUUUUUAUUAUUAAUAUUAUUAUUAUUUAUAAGCUUAAAGUAAUAGUGUAUAAUAAAUAAUUUCAUUUUCAUGUAUCGUCAUAUAUAUGUACGUAUUGUAUGUAUGUAUGUAUGCAUGUAUGUUUUAUGUAACUAUUGUAUAUGUAUUUACAUAUUGUAUGCGACGUAUAUAGGAUCCAGCUGAUCAGCCAAAAAUCCAUCACGCAAAUGCAUUCGUUGUUUUUCGCCGCGACUAUUGAUCGGAACAACGCCUGUGAAAUACAUAAAAAAUAUAAAUUUUGGUUUGAAAUAAAGGUCUUACAAAAU